AUGUGCUUAAGGGACCAGAUUAUUCCUAAGAGCAAACUUCCUGAAAAUCUCCCCCGAGGGCAAAAAUCCAGGGAAUCUAGUCCAUCACGAAGAGGAAGGACAGGGGAGGUAGUACGGAGACUUUACACACUAGUUAAUAUUUCAACAUUUCAGCAAUUGUUUAUAUGUGAUGAUGUCUCGUUUUCUGCGGUACCUGUUAAUGGCUGGGACGCUUUAGAUCGGACCUUCCGUGAGCACUAUGAUCAAAGUCCCACGAUUGUGUUGCUCAAUUGCGGUGGCAAUCGCUCUUUACAAGACAUGCAGAUACCCGAAGGCAGUAAAGUAUUUAUUGUCGACUCAAGACGACCGUUCCAUCACGAGAAUAUCUUCGAGGGGCAGCAGAUUAUGGUUCUUGUCGAUAGUGCAGAGGUUCCAAAGCUAAAUAUACCAGAUAUGUCAUCUGUGAUUGAAAAUGAAGAGUCCGAAGAGUCAGAAGAUGAAGAGGAUGAAGAACAAGGCGAAGGAACGACAAGAAUGCAAAAGAUCGAGCGAAGACUCUUGAAGAAGGAGGCAAAAAAGCAGUGGUUAAAACGGCGGAAAAAUAUUUUGUGGAAAUAUUAUGAAAAUGCUUGGUAUUCCAUAUCGAGCGCGGUUAGAAUGCUUGAGUUGGCUGCAGCAUUGAAUAAAGCUACUCCUGAAUUUCUAUGGGUUGCCGCUGUUGGACUAAAUAGUCAGUGGACCGAUAGAGUGAUAACCAUUGAAGCGUAUCAUGACGUCUGCAUUGAUCGAAUGCGUCCAUUUAUCCAACGGUUUUCACCUCGUAACUCGGGCGCAAAGGCUGAUGAUUUGCUGAGAGUUUCAUUUGAGAAAGAGCUCCCAUUGGCUAUGUACUCCCACUGGUCAUUGUACCGUGCAAUGGCUGUCAAUGAAUAUUUCUCAUGUAAAACACGAAAUUGGACUCAGAAGGGAGAUUCUGAAGUAAAACAUCUACUCGCUAAUCUUGGAUUAACAUUGAAUGAAACCCGGCAAAAAUUUGAAGCGAUGAAUUCGACACGUCGAAAAGAAGUUAUACAAACACUUGAGAAAGAGAUGACACCCUCGUUUGCCUCAUUCAUUGCUCAUUUCGGAUAUUCAAGCCGGGUCUCUGCAGCUGAUGUUGCAAGAGGAUUAGCUGCAAGGUUAGAAUCACCUCGACGAAUUCCCUUAGUUGAGCGAUUCGAGUCAGCUCGUGGAAUUUUGCGGUGUUUUAUGAAGUGCCAUCAAGAUUAUGGUCCUCUUGUUAAGUGUUUUGAUUUGUAUAAGAUGGGUCUUGAAUCUGUGUGGUCUCUCGUAGCAGCCGCUGUUAAUCAACAGGAAAUCCUGCCUAUUGGACCAUUUUUCCUGCACACUUCGACGAAUCCUUGUGAUGAAAUAAUGGACUCACGACAUUUCCUUUUUCUUUUCACGACGUUCCUACAACGUGCAUUCUGCUCCGUUCGGAGGAGUCGUGACAGGACUACUAAACCCUUCGUAGUGAGCCAGGCGUUGGCAGGAGAUAUGCAAGGAUGGCAUAUUGUAACCGGUGUGAUGCCUUUGGACACUGUCUACACAGACGCACAGUUAAUGAGUUUCAUGGGCCGAGCAUUCGAGAGAGCUGCGGAACAAGCACAUUUGGAUGUUCGACGAGACAACUUCGAUCCUAACGUAGUGUUAGUACGAUCAGAAGACCGUUCACGUUUCUUCGACUUAUUACAAGCCGUCAUGGAAAUUGAAUCAUAA